CGUGUUGUUGUUUGGUGAUAAUUUUUGCAGGUUAUUGGGAGGGGUAAAAUAAGUGGUCUAAAUGUCUGUUCGACAUUCAAGCCAUCCAUUAUGUCGAAUAGGAACUCUAUGAAAAUAGUAAAAUCGUGCUCAGAAGGUGAAAUUCUGGAGAGAGAAGAAACUCGGUUAAUAAGUAAUGCUUCGGAAUUUGGCAACCGUUUGAGCGAUGAGAACCUUUUGAGAAGUACAUUUUCUUUGCCGCGCAAUCCUUUCUCGACCCGCUCCAGCAAGCGCAGGGGCAAGCUGAAGGCGCCCGCGGAGGGCAUGUCGGAGCCUCGGGACAAGGCGAAGGUGUUCCGCAGGCCUUCGUGGAGGAAGUUCAUCGAGCGGGUGAUCCAGCACGUGUCGCGCGACAAGGCGACGUGCUCGUACGAGUACGCGCGCCGUGGUUGGGUGGGCGGCCUGCAGGGUUGCUGGCAGGGGGGCGGAGUGCCGGGAGCCGUGGGACUGCGCAACCAUGGCAACACGUGCUUCAUGAACGCCGUGCUGCAGUGCCUGGCGCACACGGACAUUCUGGCCGAGUACUUCGUGCUGAACCAGUACAAGCUGGACCUGCGGCGACGCAAGAGACAGGGUUCGCGCGGGGAGCUGACGGAGCAGUUGGCACUGCUGCUGAAGGCGAUGUGGACGGGGCUGUACGAGCCGGACAUGUCGAGCCAGUUCAAGGCCGCGGUGGACAAGCACGGCAGCCAGUACCGCGGCGGGCAGCAGCACGACGCGCAGGAGUUCCUGUUGUGGCUGCUGGACAAGGUGCACGAAGAGCUGAACACGGCCUCCAAGAGCAAGUACAAGGUCGUGAAGAACACGUUCGGGCGGCCCGACGAGGUGGUGGCCGCGGAGACGCUGGCCAACCACGUGCGAUGCAACAACAGCUUCGUGCACACGGUGUUCCAGGCACAGUUCCGCUCCUCGCUCACGUGCCCGCGCUGCCAUCGCCAGAGCAACACCUUCGACCCCUUCCUGUGCAUGUCCGUGCCCGUGCCGCAGACCCAGCACCGGCCGCUCUACGUCACCGUGCUCUACACGGCACAGCAGCCGCGCCAGGUGAAGCUGGGAGUGUGGCUGCCGGCACAAGCGGUGGUGCGGGAGCUGAGACAUGCCUUGGCCCAGGACACUGGCAUAUCCCCCGCUCACAUGCUGCUCACAGAGGUCGAUGAUUUGGGCUUCCAGCGCACUUUCUCAGACACUCAGCUGGUGGCCUCUGUGCGGGAGCAGGACCCACUGUUCUGCCUGGAGCUGCCCCAGCUGAAGGACGUGUCGGAGGACUUGGGGGCCUACGUGCUGCUGUGUACGAGACGGAACACGAGUGUGACUGUUGCAGACACUCAGCUGGUGGCCUCAGUGCGGGAGCAGGACCCACUGUUCUGCCUGGAGCUGCCCCAGCUGAAGGACGUGUCGGAGGACUCGGGGGCCUACGUGCUGCUGUGUACGAGACGGAACACGAGUGUGACUGUUGCAGACACUCAGCUGGUGGCCUCAGUGCGGGAGCAGGACCCACUGUUCUGCCUGGAGCUGCCCCAGCUGAAGGACGUGUCGGAGGACUUGGGGGCCUACGUGCUGCUGUGUACGAGACGGAACACGAGUGUGACUGUUGCAGACACUCAGCUGGUGGCCUCAGUGCGGGAGCAGGACCCACUGUUCUGCCUGGAGCUGCCCCAGCUGAAGGACGUGUCGGAGGACUCGGGGGCCUACGUGCUGCUGUGUACGAGACGGAACACGAGUGUGACUGUUGCAGACACUCAGCUGGUGGCCUCUGUGCGGGAGCAGGACCCACUGUUCUGCCUGGAGCUGCCCCAGCUGAAGGACGUGUCGGAGGACUUGGGGGCCUACGUGCUGCUGUGUACGAGACGGAACACGAGUGUGACUGUUGCAGACACUCAGCUGGUGGCCUCUGUGCGGGAGCAGGACCCACUGUUCUGCCUGGAGCUGCCCCAGCUGAAGGACGUGUCGGAGGACUCGGGGGCCUACGUGCUGCUGUGUACGAGACGGAACACGAGUGUGACUGUUGCAGACACUCAGCUGGUGGCCUCAGUGCGGGAGCAGGACCCACUGUUCUGCCUGGAGCUGCCCCAGCUGAAGGACGUGUCGGAGGACUUGGGGGCCUACGUGCUGCUGUGUAUGAGACGGAACACGAGUGUGACUGUUGCAGACACUCAGCUGGUGGCCUCAGUGCGGGAGCAGGACCCACUGUUCUGCCUGGAGCUGCCCCAGCUGAAGGACGUGUCGGAGGACUUGGGGGCCUACGUGCUGCUGUGUACGAGACGGAACACGAGUGUGACUGUUGCAGACACUCAGCUGGUGGCCUCUGUGCGGGAGCAGGACCCACUGUUCUGCCUGGAGCUGCCCCAGCUGAAGGACGUGUCGGAGGACUUGGGGGCCUACGUGCUGCUGUGUACGAGACGGAACACGAGUGUGACUGUUGCAGACACUCAGCUGGUGGCCUCUGUGCGGGAGCAGGACCCACUGUUCUGCCUGGAGCUGCCCCAGCUGAAGGACGUGUCGGAGGACUCGGGGGCCUACGUGCUGCUGUGCUGGGCGAACAUCCUCGUGCUGGAAGACCACCAGGCCAGGUUCGGCUGCCCGUACACCAUGCAGUUGUGUCGCGAGACCUCGUACCAGGACCUGCAGAAAUUGAUCCUCAAGGAGAUGAGCAGCAUCCUGCAUGACGACGUUCUGGUCAAUGCUCAGGCCGUCCCGUUGUUCCGGAUACGAGUGCUGGACGGACUGGGAGCAGCAGACACGUACCUGGACCCCUCGCUCGACCUCCCCCUGUACACGGAAGCAGUGGAGCAGGCGCUGGCCUUGUGCGAGGACAGCGCUGGGCCGCAGCACGUGAAGCUGCACCUGGAGUGGGACCUGCGGGCCAAGGAGAGCACUGUGGCGGACGACAGCGACCCCAUAGAGGAGCACACGAGUGUGAAGCAGUUGCAGACCAACUCGGAGCAAGGCGGGGCAGUGACCCUGGAGGAGUGUUUCGAGCUGUACACCAAGGCCGAGGUGCUGGAAGCAGAUGACGCCUGGCACUGCCCGUCCUGCAACCGCAAGCAGGAGGUGGUGAAGAAGCUAGGGCUGUGGUCGCUGCCCGACAUCCUCGUCAUCCACCUCAAGAGGUUCCGACAGCUGUGUGUGUGCCGGCAGUCGAAGCAGCGAGCGAGCUCCAAGCUGACCACGCUCGUGGACUUCUCGCUGAGCGGCGUCGACAUGUCGCCACACCUCGCCAGCAAGCUGGGCACGCAAGGCACGGUUCGCUGGUCGCCGUGGAAGAGACCGUGCCGAACGCCCGCUCGCUGCGACGACAACGUGUACGAUCUGUAUGCCGUCUGCAACCACCACGGUCAAGACUUGCAGGGGGGCCACUACACAGCGUACUGCCGCAACCCCUACGACGGCCGCUGGUACUGCUUCGACGACACGCGCGUGGAGCGGAUGGCGGAGUGCGAGGUGGUGACGCAGGGGGCCUACCUGCUGUUCUACCAGCGCCGCGGGCUGGCGGCCGGCGACUGGGGCAGCCAGCCGGGCAGUCGUAGCCACGAGGAGCUCCGUGUGACCCCAGCCGACGAGAAGAAGCAGUUUCCGCGAGGCCGCCCCGCCUACUCCACGCUGCAGCCGGCCAAGCGCUCCGUUGCCACGGAGACGGAUGCUGCAGAGCUGGACCGCCAUUCCGACGACGAGACUGCAUCUUCAGGGCACUGGGACCCCGCAGUGCCGGCCGAUGCCAGCCCCGUCAUGGAGUCCCGGGUCUGAACCUCGCCACGUGCCUCCGAACACAUAUCUCUAGCUACACCUCGUCUUGGAACAAGGAACAUUGUCCGAACCAGGCCUAAUUUGUGUCGUUUCUUCGCAGCAUUUGUCUCUAGUAGCAUGGAUGCACCAUAUACCUCAGUCCAAGACUUUGUUGUUUGCUACACCCGUGGAUCAGUUUUAUUGGCGUGAAUGUUUGAUACUGAAGAGAUGUGUGGAUAGUGUACUAACCGGUUGCUUUUUCAUGUGAGAAGUAUUUUUAUUUGCUGUGCGUUCGUACUAAUGGUUUGGUCUUAAAAUUGAGGUCAUUUUUUCUUUUGGUAAUUACAAUCCAACACCAGUUUCAUGCAGUUGUUCCUAUGUGUGUUAUUCAAUGUAGGAACUUCAGGACCUCUCAGACUGAAUGUUCUGUCUUCAUACUGUGUGUACUCAAUACAUUGCCUUAUAACAAAACAGAGGACUAUAUUUUGUAAAUUAUUGUUGUUGAAAACACCAAAAGUGAUUUUAAUUCCACAGCGUAAAAGCUAAGGACAGCAGCUGUAUGAAAGACAAAACUUAAUUAAUCAGUAGUGAAUAGAACUGCUUUGAAUUGUUUGCUUUAUGGUUAUUGUUUUUGAUGGCUUUAUUCAUUUGUGUGUGUGGUAAAUCUGAAGACACGUUCUUUGCUUGUCAUUUUAGUUUGAUUCCUUCCAAAUAAUAAGUAUUUAAAGGUGGAAAAAUAUAAUUUAUUUUUUCUGGUUUCUGGAGACGUGAACUACAUAUUAGUUUAUUCCCAUCACAUUAUUGUUGUGUAUUUUGUUUAUUUUGUUUUGUGGAUUUACCAAAAAGGACUUACAGAAUACCUUUUUUAAACUUGUAGUUAGGAGUAGGCAGAAGACGGCUGGAGAUCGCUGAUCUCGGACAUGUGCCUGUUUGCUAAGUGCAGGAGCUCUGCUGUGUGAGUCAAAGCACAAGCACUGGAUACAGAGGGGAAGUUAUAAAUGUAUACAUGUUUAUCAUUACAUAAGAGUUAAUAUUUAAGCUAUUUCGGAAGUACAAUAUAUUGGUGAUCUUCUAUUCUUCUUUAUGUCGUAGGACUGUCAGCCGCUCGUGGGUCUUGGUCAGUUGCAUACAUCAUUGUAAUAUGUAAUUAUUAUCUUGAAAGUGGAUAAAGUCACAAUAUUUUAGCACAUAAUUAUGUUGCAAUCCUAAUGUUUUGAUUUUAUAACAAGCAAAUGGGUUGCCUUUGAAGCAACAGAAGCAUAAUUCCAAGGCUUCACGUGUUUUGCUUAGUAGACAUAUUCUCUCUAACCAUCUUUCAUUUGUUUGGUAAAUAUCUUUUACAUGCCAUAUGAGGGACCAUGCAAACCCGGAUGAGCAAGUUUGCUCGAUUAUUGAACGUCAGUAUACUUUUAAUGUGAGUACCAAGUGUAAAAAUGUAGAAACUGAAAUGUAUCCCGCUAGAAAACUGGCCCUUCUUAGUGUAGUUACUGUCAGUUACCUUAACCUGGCCCUUCUCAGCGCGAGGCACAUGUAACACACAAGUAGAAUGUGCCCCGCAUGCCUGUUGCCUGUGGAAAGCUAACAGGUGCCCAAGAAUAUAGAUGUAAAGUGGGCAUGAACAUAUUUAAUAGCAUUUUUUUUACAGUCAUUAAACAGUACACAAUGAGUUAUAACAGAUAAAACGUCUCGCUGCACGAUCGGUUAAGGUGAGGACGGUGUUACCCUCAUGCUGAACAAGACAAUUGCGUGGACUUGAAACACCCCUCACUGGGUGAAUAUACAUUAACUAAGCAGUCUGCUGUCGGAGGCAGGCCUGAGAACAUGGAGGAAGAGAAACGUUAAAACAGCACAAACAGCCAGGAGAUGCUAGCACACAGUGACUUGUGCCACAGCCAUGACCUCUAAUAGAUUCAGUAAGGAUGUGAAGACAUGACAUUACCUUAAAUGUUCAAAAACGUACUCUGGCGUACACAGAACCCUUAUUACUUGCAGUAAUUAAUGCAACACCUGUAAAUAUUUCCAUAUUGGCUGGCUUCUCUCUGCUCCGUCCUUGCGUGUGCCAUCUUGGCCUGCUGAGAGAGACAACUGUUAGUAUGGGCUACCUCUUCUCUGGUCCUGGCUCGCUGUCCAGUGCAGUAACGCUGUCACCGGGAGAACCUUGGAGGGGUGUGGGGGUGAGCAGUCGCGUCAGGCUGUGUGGGGCGAAGCAACAGCAGCUGUUACACACGUGGAUGACCAAGUCCAGGCACAAGACGUAUUACGUGCCACAGCACCACAUACGCCUCGUACAGAAAUUACAGGCAAGUGAAGCGGUUAAAAUGCCUAACGGCACGGCACGGCACGGCACGUUUGGUUCAGGUGAGGCGACGGCCUCCGCGUGGCCUGGCAAACUAGUUCGCGAUCAUGUCCGAGUUCUGCUAUGCCGAUUACUAUUUAGAUUAUUAAAGCAGACGUGCCCCCGAGGUAAUAUCAGUAAAGUGUGGAGCGCGUCUCACCUGGGGGCGGGGACAGACAUCAGCACCCUCACGCCAGAACUGCGGAAACCGUUAUUCAUUCCAGUUCGUGUCAUUAAUGUAUCUAAGUUUAAUCAAUUGUUACAUUUAAAUUUACAGUAAAAACAUUUUCACCACAAGAAGGUAUAAUAAUUUUACAUAUAAAAAUUUCAAAAUAAAAUAUUACAAUGUGUUUGCCUUUGGAAAGUCCAGGUCCAUUGUAUAUAAUCUUACAUUGUAUAAGGGAACCUGAACACAUGUACACUCUGGGUAAACAAAAGAAAAGGUUUACAAUAUUCAUGUACCAUUUAGAGAGCACCAACUCUGCCCGCACACACGCGUCGCUGGUGGGGGGUUGAAGGGUGAGGAGGGGGUGAGGACUCAGCUGGGCAGAGCCCCGGACGAUGUCAAUGUUUUUAUGAAACUGUUUGGAACCAGUCAUCAGUCCAGUAACAAUGUUGCUAGCUGCAUCGCCCAUCUGUCCAAGGUAUGAGUCUCUUUAAUGUUUUGUCAAAACUAUGAUAUUGGUACAUCACUAGUGAACCUACCCAUUAAAGAAUAUAGGAAAAUUGAUUGAUUCAUAUAAUGUGCAAAGACAGCAUAACAAAAAAAGUAUAUUUUGACAAUUUUAAAGUAUGCAGUGUAAAAAAAAAAAUAUAUGAAAUUUAUAUGGGAUAUUGACGACUUUCUCUCAGGACCACACUGCAAACUAAACAAAAAGCUAAGCGAGUUAAUGCACUGGUGGCAAAUCUCAGCCGAGUCGAAGGACGCUCGAUGUUGCUCAGGCCACGUCCGCGAGCAGAGACCAGCCGUUCUCAAGGCCGUGGGCUCCAUCGUUGCAGCGACGGGAAUGUCAAGUGCCUUUGGUGAAUAAAGUCAACUGAAAUUCUAUUUGGAAACUCUUGGAAAAUUCUUUUCUAAUACUAAAAUAUAGUUAGUGUUAUGUCACCUUGAUGAAACCUGUGGAAUGUGAUGAAAUGAUAGUAAACAAAUAACACCAUCUCCUUUCCUUUGCAUUACUUUGCUUUACUUUGUUUUCUGCCACUGUUAUGUAUUAUCCUGGUAUUUCAAAUGACAUGUUAGUUGGGAGAUUGACAAUAGUGGUUUUAAAUGUACCUAUGCAUUUUUGCUGCAACAUUUGUUGAUCCACGACUUUAAGCAAUGAAAUAUUACCGACUUAAGACAACGUGUGAAGUGUGUGACACCCCUGCUGCUCGCCCUAUGAAUGUGCUCUCGCUCCAGUGAUACAAACAAAAAUAAAUUCUGAAAUGCAUUUACUGAACACUCCUAUUUCUGAGAAUGAUGCAUAAACACACUUGCAGAGCAAAUUUAAAGUUAGGGAGCGUGAAAUUGGGCUGCAGAGUUUACCAACAAAAUGAAAGUACACAUUUAUAAAGUUACUUUAUUUUUAUAUAUAUAUAUAUAUAUAUAUAUAUAUAUAUAUAUAUAUAUAUAUAUAUAUAUAUAAACACAUAUAUAAUGCAAAUUGGGUCUGAUUUCAUGCAGGUUUUUUUUUUAUGAUAUAAUUUUUACGUUACUUGAGUUCAAGAUGCUACCUUUUUUUUUUAAUUUUGUUUAAUUUUUUACUUAUUAUACUAGUUAGAGAAAAUAUAAAAAAAUUAUCUUACCAACUGAGACAAAAGAACAAGCAUAAAUUUUAACGUAAUAGUAAUGCCCAUCAUUCUUAAAUUUUUAGUGAAAUAAAACCAGCUCGCUUUUCCAUUUAACUUAGGCGUGUUCAUAUAAAUUUUGUCCGUGAGUAAUGUAUGGAAAAUUAUUUACUUACGAACUAGGUGUGUUCAGUAAUGGUUGUGCUGAUAUUUUUUUAGGCAAUAUAGUACGAAAUAACUGAACCAACAAACGAGCUAUGUAUUAAAAGUUAUUACAGCAUUUAAAUACAGGAAGAAAUAUAAUUUUUGCUUAAAGUACAAUUUGUAUAUGAAAGAAAAAAUUCCGGUGACUGGAUUUGAACCAAAUCAAAAAUAUCUGCAAUAUUAUUGUACACGCACGCUUUGUCACUAUUCUACUGUAUCACAGCAGUAGUUGAAUGAGAUUAUGUGUAAUAUUACAAUAAUUUUAAAUUUCUAAUGUAUUUUUAAAGUUUAUUCCUUUUUAUGGAUACUUAUCUUGGCAAUUUGUAUUUGAGAAUAGUUUUGCUACUAAAAAUUUUCAUUUCGCACACCCAUAUGAUUGUUGAGUCCCCCAUGUUUCCAAAUUGGGAUAUAUGUGUAUAGGUUUGUGCUGCAAAACGUGGGUCCAUCAUGCUUUUUUUUGUAACUGCCUUUUAUUCAUCCUGUGAAACAUUUAUUUGCAUAGUGCAUGCGCAAUGUCAAAAUUCAUUAUCAUUUUUUCAUGACGCACCUAAAGAAGUAUUACUUGGAAAAUUCCAAAAUAGUGAUCAACCAAAAAAUACAUUAUUUUAUUAAUUGAAAUAUUUGUGUGCCAGAGGUAUAAAGCCACAGUGGUGUGGCCAGCGGGCGCUGGUGCUGGUUGCAGUGCUGGCUGAAGCUCCGGUGAGACUACAGCUCAUGCGAGGCCUCACCUGACGUGCGGUCUUGCUCGCGAGCGCUCAUGCCAAGUGACCACUGUGGACACUCCUGUUUCAUCCAUUUUCAGUUUAAAUUAGUGAACCUUUAUUAAAAUGUUCCGCUGGAAUGUCAGUUAGAUGGCUGGCAGUGAGCCAGUAUGGGCACAACCCGCGGGAGAACAACAGGUCUGGUAGUUUGAUUGGUUUUCGGAAACACGUUUGUUAAGUAUUGUUGGUAAAAUUAAUUUUUUUCAUCAUCGCACCUUCCAUCAUAUAUGAGAGCAAUAUGGUUUUAUGAAUGAUUCUAUGUUAAAAUUUUUGGUUUUCGUGUAUGUAUAUGUAUACUUAUUGUUGUUAAGUUAUUUGGGUUAUUUUUAGUUUGUGUUCAAACCUAUGUAUACAAAUGUGUAUUAUUCUGUGUCUCCUGUGUCUUUUCUGUGUGAGUAGACACACGUGUAUCCAUCAGAGCUUGUAAGAAUUUUUUUUUUUUGUUUAUGCUGUAUAUAAUUUUGAAAACUUUUUUUUUAUGUGUAUUAUUUUCUUAAGCUGUAUACAGAUGUUACAGAAAAUUUUGAAAAUGAUUGUCAAAUAUUCUGUGUUGUAAGUUCUUUACAGUUCUUACUUUUUAAUUACCUAUUGUUUAAAUAUCAUUGUAGGUUGUAUGGAUGAAGAUUAUUCAUGUAUGUGGCUGUGGCAUCUGCAUAUUUCCGAACAACUAUUGAAGGAAAAAUAAAAUGCCUUUGUUAAAGUAA